AUGACACGAGCUGUCUCGCUGCUCUCUUUGUUGCUGGGGCUCAUGGGAUAUGCUUUGGCAGGGCUCAACAUCUGGCCCUCCUUCCACGUCGCCCUUAGCAACGCCAGUGUGUUCGUGGACUUCAACUCAAAAGCCAACAGUAGCCUGAUCAGCCAACUGAGCCUCUCUCUGAUCGACAUGGACACCAACGCAACCCUCCUGACCAGGACACUGCCGAACAAAUCUGUCGGUCGGGUGGAGUUCAACUGCACCUGUUUCCUGUACGCCGGAACUUUCCGCUUCCUGUUGAGGCAGACCAGCACCACUGAGGAGCAGCACUCAAACGGGACGAGGCGUUCGGAGACUACCGCUUGGUGGUGGAGUUCGGAACUACGCGUGCAGUGGCCAACGUUUCACAUUGCGGUCGAGAGGGUCGGGAACCACUCGGGAGCUUUCCAGAUUGUAAUUUCCACCAAUGAACACUUCCAGCCUUGCUCCGGCAUCCUCGACCCUGCUCUCCUCCUAGAAGUCAGCUUCAUGGAGUACAACCACGUUGGACGAAAAGGCAUCAACAAGGUGCAAGCCCGCACUCAACAUCCAAUCAGACCACUCCGUUCCCAGAAGAUCACAUUUCCCUGUGCCUUCCCUUUCACGGAAAAAGAUUUCAUACAAGUGUCGCUCCGUUCUCCCCAUUUGGCGCAAGAGUUAAAAAGUUCCGUUCCUCUCUACCUGUCACACAUCUUCCCUUAUAAGCUGCAAGUGGAACGCGCCAAUACCUAUAGAAGUGGGUGCGACGGGACUAUGACGGUGAAGCUUGUAACUCCACCUUGCGCUCAUAUAGAUGGGAAAGUAUUGUUGUAUCAAGACAGCAUUGCUGGAAGAAGGGUCGGUGUCUCAUCUGGAAUGGUAGCAGGGGGAACAGCAGCCAUGGGAUUCGGGCAAGAGGAGCCGUCCUCUCCUCCGUUGGCUUUUAACUGGCUCACUCAAGGAGAGAAUGAAACCGAAUUCAACUGCUCUGUUUUUUACCCGGGAAGGAGUAAGUACUGCUUCCGAUUUGUGUUCAACUACAGUCGCUCGCCUAGUCCUGCUCAGACCUGCCUGGUGGUGCACAGGAGUGAAGAAUCUUGGGGGCCCUGGAAACAGUGGAGCGUGUGCAGUGUGAGCUGUGGCGAGGGCGUCAGGGAACGUGUACGCGAGUGUUUAUUGCCCUCUGGAGUGGAAGGGAAGCAGUGCACUGGAAUGAGGAAGAAACAGUCAAUUUGCUCCCUGGAAGACUGUGCAGCAUUGCAGGGUCCUUCUCCAUCUCUACCUCCGUUGAUGGCAGGAGUUUCCCCCCUUAGUGGCAAUAUGGCAGUGUUUGCCGGAAUUUCCCUCUGCCUUGCCGUUAUUCUGGCCACCAUCGUGAUUACCGUCUGGAGGAAGUUUUGCCACAGCCCUCAGUGCAGCUCCGUCCGCAGGGGCUCUGCACAUUCCCACGGCGGGCGCAAACUCUCUGAAGAGGCGUCCAUUUGCGGCAGCAGCCUUCCAAGGUCGACUCAGAUACAAGGGCCUUUCCUGGGUACACCUCUUCCUCAGACGACGGUACUGCCUCUCUCACAGGAUCCAGAGAGGCUGUCCCCCACUGGUCAGAAGGUGCUGCCUCCCAUUUUUGGGUAUCGAUUAGCUCAACAGCAGUUAAAAGAAAUGAAGAAAAAGGGCUUAAAAGAAGCCACGCAGAUGUACCACGUCUCCUCCAGCCCGGUUCACGACACGUCAGUAGAAACCAAAGUUUCGACAAACACCUCACCGAUCGCGUUCUCCCUUUCGGAGCUUCCAUCGCAAGCUUCCAGGAUAACAGCAAACCGACUGAGUCCCAGAGCGGACCUUGUCUCGGCUCCUGGCUCCAAGUGGCACGAUCGCACUGCUGAUUGGGUGGAGAUGGUUAAGAGGAGCGGUGUAGCAGAUGUGACAGAGAGACCGAUGGGACACGCGUACCUCAAGAAUCCAAAUUUCCGCAGGACCUCCAGUUUUUCUGACACAAAAUCUCAGCUUCUAUCUUCAGGACACUUCCGAGACAGGAGCAUGACUCAGGUGGGAUCUCGGACCCUUCCUGAAGGAAACUCGUGGACCAAAGAGAGAAGACAGAGGCCUUCAUUUAGCUCCUAUCCCAUUCCAGAGCAUGACACCCCAAAGUUGAGCCAUUCUAAAGGUCACAGUAGCGACCAAAGGAAUCCCAGGAUUAAAAAUUCCCCUCCACCUCAUAGUAAUGAAGUGAAGCACACAGGAACCAACACCUCACAGAGACACGUGGACCACUGUAAUUUCGGGGAGAAAAGUAGCGAUCUGGGAAGCAGGGCUCAGGAGGGAAUCUCAGGGAUCGGCGGUCCGCUCGCAAGUCCCGACGGUCAGUACGGAGCAAACCUGAGCGUAGAACGAGCCGAGCAGAACUGGAACCGCCGCGGUCCGUCGCCUAUCCAGAGGAAUAUGCUGGCACGGAAACUAAAGGAAGCUCAGGCCUGCUUGAACGACAGAGGACGUCAGCGUAGCGCUACCUUUAGCGUGCCGACAUUGUACCACGGGAAAGACAAUGAUCGACCACGUCCUGGUUCUGGAUGCUAUAAUGUUGGCAACAAAAGCUCUACUUACAAGCUGAGUGAAGUGGAACAAAAGAUGCUGGACUUUUCACCAACAUACGCAGAAGAGGAGAUUUGA